GAGGACGGAGAGGUUGAUUCGGUUGCGUCCGGCUCAGGGCUAUAUAAAGGGCCGCCGAGCGGCGCUGUUUCGCAGUCGGGAGGCGGCAGCUUAACGAGCGGCAGCGGCGCGGAGCGGAGCCGGGCGGAGCAGCGCCUCGAAGCCAGCGGCCCGGCCAUGCCACGGGGGAAAGUCACGCCGCAGCCAUCCACCUCAAGCAUGCCGCUAUCGCUGCCGCCGAAGCGCGGGCGGCCGUCGCUGUCGGAUCUCAUUCUCCGCGCCGUCUGCUUGUCGCCGGCCCGUAAAGGGACCUCGUUAGCCGUCAUUAAGAAGACUCUCGUCGCCGACGGCUACGACGUGCGGCGGAACAGCGGGCGCCUGAAGGCGGCGCUCAACUCUUUGGUCAACAAGGGGCUCCUGGAGCGGGUGACAGGCAGCGGUGUCGCCGGUUCGUUCCGCAUCGGCGGUGUAGGUAACGAGCAAGUGGAAAGAAAGGCGCGGCGCGGGAGGGCGGCUGGUGGAGCCCGGCGGCGGCGCGCCAAGAAGAGGAAGGGGCCGAAGCGCGCUGUUAAAGCCACAGCGCAGCGACUGAAGAAGCCGUCUAGACCGCGGGCCAGGGCGAAGGCGGUGCCUGCAGCCGAGAACAGAGCACGGGACGCGGCCGGGGGAGCGGAGGAGGAGGCGGCGGCGGCGGCGGCAGCCGAGGGCGCAGAGGUGGAGGUGGCUGAGGCUGCGAUGGAGGGGAUGGCCGGGGGGCCAGAGGCUGCGGGCGACUGUUAAUACGAUGGAUGGAACAAUAAACGUUGAACCCAAAGGCUCUUUUAAGAGCCACCUCGGGGUUCAGCGGAAGA